AUGUUUCUUUCUUCAUCCGACUGCAGAGCCUGGUUUGCUGUAUUCCUCAUCGAGUCUGUUACUAUAGUAACAGUGAACCUCCUUUCAAUCAUUCUUUUCAUAAAAAACAGUAAUCUUCGCUCUCGCGGGAUGUACUUGAUUAUAAAUUUGACGGUGGCUGACGUGUUGGUGGGGGGGAUUUCUACUUUUCAUCUAUUAAAGAUGGUACACUUUUAUUGCAAUAUUGUAACCUUAAAUUUAACUGAGGAGGGUAACGUUGUAACAAAUUUUUGUUUCUAUUUUUUCCCUCUCACUUCUCUGUCAAACAUUGCUGUGAUUUCUUUAGAGCGGCUGCAUGCCACCUUUCGUCCAUUCAGGCAUCGCGUGAUUAAAAAAAGGGUAUACUGGGUAACAAUUUCUGGUAUAUGGGUCUCAGCUGCGGUGGUAUCAACUGCCAUUAUAAUACUUAGAAUAGUCAGCCCCAACAAAUGGAACCUUUAUUAUUUUGCUUUGUGGCAGUCGUACAGUUGUUUAUGCCUAUUUGUUAUCUGUGUUUGUUACACUUGCAUUUCGAUCAAAUUUUUUUGUGGAGCGCAUCCUCAGCACCAUGGUGCAGCCAAUAGACAAAGAAAACUGACCGUGACAUUGCUCAUAAUGACUGUUAUAUCUUUAAUUAUGUGGCUACCAUACGCUUUGGGCUCUUUUAUUAAUUUGACAACCAAUACUUUUAGAUAUAUUUCUUUCCAAGACAACGUUCGAUGGAGUUUUUCAAUGAUUGCUCUAUUUUAUGCAAACUCUCUUGUAAAUCCUCUUUUAUACGCUAUCAGAAUGCCAGCUUUCAAAAGAGCUUUGUUCGCAUUAUUUAAACAAAGG